AUGACGCUCCUCCAAAAGCUCCUCCACCUAACCGACUUCCGCAACCCCUUCCUGCGCACCCUCGUCCCCUCUGUCGCCGCCGCCUUCGCCAUCCAAACAGUAGUAGCGCUCCCCUCCAUCGCCCUACAAUCAGAACGCCUCUACGACGCCUCAGGCUCGGCCACCUUUCUGGCGGUAUCACUACUAUCACUGUACCUCCCCGGCGCGCGCAGCAAAGUCGCCGCCUCGGUCGCCAGCUCCGGCCCCGGCGUGUAUGGGGUUCUGAGCAGGUGGUGGCCGAGCCUGCUGGCGCCGUUUGCGCGGGGCGCGGGGAGGGCUGUGGUGUUGAAUUGGCGGAGCGUGGCUAUGACUGCUGCGGUGGGGGUUUGGAGUGUGCGGUUAGGAUCCUACCUCCUAAGCCGCAUCCUGUCCUCAGGCCACGACUCGCGCUUCGACUCGAUUCGGAAAUCGCCGCCCAAGUUCGCGGCGGCGUGGCUGGGCCAGGCGACGUGGGUGUCGCAGUGCCUGAUGCCCGUCGUCGCCGUCAACUCGGUCCCGGCCCUCGCCUUCGCCGCGCUGCCCGCCGUCCUGGCCACCGACGUCCUCGGGAUCGCCUUGUUCGUCGGCGGUUUUGGAUUCGAGAUCGCCGCGGACCGUCAGAAGAGUAGGUGGUUGAGAGAGAGGCGGGAGAAAUCGCAUGAGGAGGACUUCCUGACGAAGGGACUGUGGAGUCGGAGUCAAUAUCCCAAUUACUUCGGCGAGUGUAUGCUGUGGACCGGAAUUGCGACAAUGGCGGCCGGGGUGCUGAUGACGAACCCCGUCCAGGUCGGGUUUGGUCUUUCUGGUGGGUUGUCAGGCAGUCUACUUGCCUUGGGGCUCUCGUAUGCGAGUCCAGCCUUUACAUCGUUUCUGCUGUUGAAGGUUACAGGUAUACCCAUGAGCGAGAAGAAGUAUGACAAGCGGUAUGGGGAUCGUAAGGAUUAUCUGGUGUGGAAGCAGAACACACCCAAGUUCUUCCCGAAGAUCACUUGA